AGCCAAUUCCUCAUACCAGCAUUUAUUGGUUUUGGCUUCUAUUAUAUAGAAAGUCAUUCUUCUAAUGGUAGUCCUUAAUUUGGGUAACAUCAGAGGUUUUGGUAACUGGACUAGUGGCGAUGCAAAUGCAAGCAGAUAACUGACAACGGUUGCUAAGGCGCUUGCCUGACAACACGAUAGUCACGACGCAAACAUAAGCGAACUUUGCUAGUGAACGUUAGCCGAAUGCACAAGGGAUUUUCAUUUGAAUUACCUCUACUAUAGUUCUCCUAACAAGUUUUGUUUUGUUUUUCUAUUGGCAAGUAUUAGAUCCAAAUAUCCUAAUAUAUAUAUAUAUAUAUAUAUUAACAAUAAUAUCAGUAGAAAAAUGUCCGACGCGCUUCUAUUCGAGGUGGGCUGGGAUGAAGGCUUUGCCAUUCCCGUUGCUAAUGCAGAAAACAAAGCUUUGGAGGACGAGCUUCAGAGGAAACAAAAGGAUAAUGCAGUCCUGGAGAACAAACUAGCUGAAUUUAAAGACAGGAUUAACGCCAUGACUGAACAUCUGAAAAAUGUCAAACAAGAGUUGUCACACACUCAGGCACUCUGCAAAGCCAGAGAGAAGGAGACUGACACAGAGAUGCAUUUCAAAGCCCUGGCAGAAAGAGAGAUGGGCCGUAUGCAUCAGGAGAUUGCUCAGCUAGAGAAAGAGCUGGGCUCACUGAGGGAGAAGCAGACUGCUCAAGAGAACAACAUCUUCAAAACCACCCAGACGCUGGACCAGCUGGGCAGCCAACUGAACUGGGACCAGCAGACUCUGGAUGCCUGGCUGGAGGAGUCAGCUCGCCGAGAUGAGGAUACCAUGGCCAUUCUCAAAUAUGCUCAGCAGGAUGAGAGCAGGAUUAAAGAGUUGACACUUAACAUUGAAAAGCUGAACCUUCAGACCAUACAGAAAAGGAAAACCCUUGACAAUGAACUUACUGAAACAAUAACAGCACAAAUUGGAUUGGAAAAAACUGCAGAGAACUUCCGUCAGGCUCACACUGAGAGGCAGGAGCUGAUACGCCAGUGGGAGAGCACCAUUGAACAGAUGAAGAAAAGGGACCAGGAAAUGCAGAAGUGUGCAUUGAUGAUCACAAAGAUUAACCAGGAAAUCAGAGAGAGGCACUUUGUGAUCAAAGAGAAGACAACCUUUAUGGAGAGAGAGGUGGAGAACAACAAGGAGUUUGAGAAGAAGAUUGUCCUGGCUGAGCGGCAAGCAGCCAAACUCCGGCAGCACUUUCAGGAGCAGGAGGAGAGUCGCACACGGCUGCAUGAUGAGUUGGAGAGUCUGAAGAGUACUGUGGACAGAGCAACCUCAGAUGUAGAGAGGGUUAGAGCUCAAAUAGCCGGCAUGAAAAAGGACAUCCAGGACAAAUCCACAAAAGUGAAGGAUGCCAAGCUGCAUAAUGCAGCCCUGAAGGAGAAGCUGGUGUCUGUGACUGAGGCCGCCCUGAGUGUAGAGGAGCGGGCUGCUCAGAUGGAGCUGCUGCUGAAGGAGGAGGAGCAGAACAUCAAGGAGAUCGACUUGCUGUUGCAUCGUCAGCGGGAGGCGGUGUUCCGCAAAACCCAGGAGCUCCAGGCCCUGUCCUUGAAAGAGAAGGACUCAGUCAGUGAGGUGGCAGGCUGCAAAGCUGCCGUCACUAACCUAGACAGUAGGCUUCGCAAGCUGGACCAGAACACCCUCAAGCAGCAGGAGAUCAUAUACAACCAGGACUUUCAGAUCCAGCUGUUGGAGAGGAAGAUGUCUCGACUGCAGGGGGAUGUGAACACGGAGGAUAAACAGGCCCUCGAGAAGAGGGUGGAGGAGCUGAGCACCACCCUGGAUGAGAGGAGGAAGACCACCACCAUUCUCACCACACAGCUAAAGAAGCUCCAGGUCUGAGAGCGGGAGAGAAGGAGGAGGGGGCUUGAGUAUUUGUUUGU